UGCCACCAUUUCACAGAGCGGCAGCGUGUUUGCAACUUUAGAAAGUGUCGCUCGGAGUCAUUCGAAGAGCGUCGAUGGCUUGUGGAAUAUGGCUGUUGGUUUUCAUCUGUUUCAAGCUCUGCGUCUUGUUGGUGGGAACACCUCCCUCCUGUCCCUCAGGUCAAUAUGUGGUGCCAACAGAUGAUGGAGACAAAUGUUGUCAAAUGUGUCGUCCAGGAAAUAGAACCAAACCUGAGUGCACUGCAUUGCAAAGCACUUUCUGUGCAGUCUGUGGUGAUGGAACUUACAUGGACAAGUAUACUGCAAGGAAGCAGUGUCAUCAGUGUCUGAACUGCACUAAAGGAACUGGACUCAGACGGAUCAGAUCCUGUAAAUUCGACCGAAACACUAUGUGUGAACCUCUGGAGGGUUUCCUCUGUGUGCGUGGCUCAGUGGACAGAUGUGUGGCAGCACAGCAACACUCCACAUGUGCACCAGGACAAUACAUCAGCACAGCAGGAACGUCCUCCACAGACACUGUGUGUGGAGACUGCAGGGAAGGAACAUUCUCAGAUGGAACCUUCAUGUCCUGUCAGAAUCACACACAAUGCUCAUGGCAUCUAAAACAAGGGACCAACUAUGCUGACUCUGUGUGUCUAGAAGGUUUGACAGCAGCAGAGUGGACUGGGCUUGUUAUCGGGAUUCUACUCCUACUGAUGCUCUCAUGUGUAUUGGUGAUCCUGAUAAGGAAACACAGAUGUCAGAAAGUGCGCCGAACAGCCAUUCCAGCAGAUGAUGAAAACAAGGAGGAAUUGAAGGAGAUAAUAACAGAAAACAAGAGCCACGAUACAGCGGAGAUCAAAUGUGUAAUCAACAAUACAUCACCAAAAUGCUCCCUCAAAACCAUCAGAACACCAGAGUCGGGGGGUUGUGAACGACCUGGAGCUGGCUGCCAAGUUUGAUGUUGGAUGAGACGGUCUUGAGCUAGUUGGGAGCCAAAAGUGCCGGCACUUUAAAGUCAAGAUGUUGAAGGUUUCUGAGAGGUUUCAUGGAAAGGUCUUUUAGAGAGCUGACCCGGUGCUAGUCACUUAUUGUUAUUCCAUUGUCCUUACUGAAGCCACAAUAGUGGGACAAAUACAAGUUUCUCCUCAGAGAGGAAGAAUGUGAAUAAUGGCACGAAUAAUCAUGAGGCAAGUUGAGAGGUGUUCCUCUCCAGCGAAGGCCUGUGCAAUAUUUUUACUGUAUUUUACUACAUUUAAAUGCUGUCUCUGAAUGUAUUUAUAUAUUGCACACUUGUCUGUACUUUGUAAAUAAAAAUAAUCUAUUUAAAGAAUCUACAAUGUCACAUCUGAAGACCUCCUGUGGAGGA